AUGAAACUGAUUCUGAUUCUACUGAUUGUAGCCUUUGUUGUGCUGGCAACUGAUGCAGCGAAUGAGAAAGGACCACAUCCUCCACACGCAGGCCAUAAGCCAGGGGAUCAUUCCGGAUCGAAACCAAAACGAGCCGCUCCUUCACCACUGGAGGGCCGCUACAUUUUAGAGGCGAGAGUGAAACGGCACCAACACUCUUCGGAAGAGGGCGGAAGUACUCACCACCCGAAGGCGGAUUCUGAAGGUAAACAGAAGCGUGCAGCACUCACUUUGUAA